CUGCGGGCCCCACGUGCCGCAUUCCCACCGAUCCCCGUCCUCCUCCUUCGUCCGACCUUUUCAUAGUCAAACCUUCCCUCUUCAUCUUCUUCUUCUGUCCUAUAUUCCGUUGAAGUCGAAGAGAGGCAUGCGCUCGGGAGGUGGUUGGCUGCUUCAUCAUAGUCCGUAGCCGCCUGCGAGGCCCUUCAUAUCUUAGAAGAGGAGGAGGAGGAGAAGAAGAGCAGGGAGAGGAGCCAGGCGCGCCUCUGCAGCGAUGGAAGUGGCGGACGAGGUGGUGCGGGUGCUCGGCGCCGGGUUCGACCUCACGUCCGACUUCCGCCUGCGGUUCGCCAAGGCCAGCGAGGGGCGGCGCCUGGUGGAGCUCGGCGAGGACACAAGGGACGUGCCGCUCCCCGGCGGCGGCGGGGCCACGCUCCGCGGGGUGCCGCGCGACGUCGGCGUCGACAAGGGCGACCGCAUCCGCUUCCGCUCCGACGUCCUCGAGUUCAAUCAGAUGUCAGAAUUGCUUAAUCAGAAAUCUUCAGUCCAAGGGAAAGUUCCUUCAGGCUAUUUUAACGCUCUCUUUGAAUUAAGUGGAGCUUGGUUGACUGAUGCCAAAGACACCAAGCAUCUAGCAUUUGACGGAUAUUUCAUUUCUUUGUACAACAUGCACCUAAAGGCUUCUCCAUUAGUUCUUCGAGAUGAAGUAAAAAAGGCUGUUCCAUCCAAGUGGGAUCCUGUUGCAUUAUCAUGGUUUAUCAAGACUUAUGGGACACACAUCAUUGUUGAAAUGGGAAUUGGAGGUCAGGAUGUCAUAUGUGUUAAACAAAGUCAUUCUUCAACAGUUUCAACUGCUGAUCUUAAGUUGCACCUGGAGGAUCUUGGCGAUUUCUUAUUUUCUGAUGGGAAGAACCACUCCCCAAUACAUCGUAAGACAAAGGAUGGCAAGAGCACGGUGCCUGAUGUUUUUGUCAGGAUAGUGCAGCAUUCUAAUAACUUGCACCUUUCUAGCUACUCUGAAACAUCAACCAAGGAUGGACUGACAGUUACCUGUUCGAAGAGGGGAGGAGAAGCAUACCUACCCAACCACUCCAAAUGGCUGCAAACAGUGCCAAAGAAACCUGAUGCCAUUAUGUUUAAAUUUGUCCCCAUCACCUCUCUUCUAACUGGUAUUCCUGGCAGUGGUUACCUCAGCCAUGCCAUCAAUUUAUAUCUUCGCUAUAAACCUGAUCUUCAAGACUUGCAAUAUUUCUUGGAGUUUCAAGUUCCUCUACAAUGGGCACCUAUGUUCAAUGAGCUUGUCCUUGGACCUCAAAGGAGAAAAGGCUCGUACCCUUCAAUGCAGUUCAGAUUUCUCGGCCCCAAACUCCACGUCAGCACUUCUCAGGUAUCUAGCUCUCAGAAACCGGUUGUUGGCCUACGGCUAUACCUGGAGGGCAGGAAGUGCAACCGGUUGGCCAUCCAUGUCCAGCACCUCUCCAGUGUUCCAAGCAUGAUCGCAGACUCCGUGGCGUCUUCAAUGUCAGAAUGGCGCGAGUCCCAGGACAACGACCCAGGGUACAUCGAGGCAAUCCAGUGGAAGAACUACUCGUGCGUCUGCACCUCCGCCAUCAAGUACAACCCGGAGUGGCACAAGAGAGCCCCCGGCGGAGUGUUUAUCGUCACUGGCGCCCAGCUCGUCUCGAAGGGGGCCUGGGCCAAGAAGGUCCUCCAUCUGCGCCUCCUCUACACCCACAUCCCCAACUGCACCAUCCAGAGGACCGAGUGGAGGAACGCUCCGGCGGCGUCUCAGAAGGGGAGCUUCCUGACGACGAUCAGCACGACACUGAGCUCCCCUUUCACGCAGCGUGCUGACACCCACCAGGCGAAACAUGAGCCGGCGGUGCAGCUGAACUCAGGUGUCUACCCCGACGGACCGCCGGUCCCGCUCCGGUCCAGGAAGCUCCUCAAGUUCGUCGACAUCUCGGAGGUGGUAAAAGGGCCACACGACGUCCCGGGCCACUGGCUGGUGAUCGCGGCGAAGCUUGUGAAGGAGGGAGGGAAGAUCGGGAUCCAUGUGAAGUUUGCACUGCUGGGCUAUGAAGGGCAGUCGCAGGGUAACAGUUUCAUGAGCUGAAGUCUCUGUACAUAACAACGGCUGGCUCUGAUCUUUGUAGAUUUCAGGAUUUUGGAAGAAGCACAUGAUUAGGAUUUUUAAUACUGGAUUUUUUUUGUGUGUGGAGUCGACAGGAACUGUGUGGAGGGCAGUCGGAAAAUAGACCAAUCACCUCUUUGUUAGGAAUGCCUGUGGAAUUCCCGUGGCAGUAUAAUUAGAGCACGUAGUUGUAAAUUGCUCCUUUACAAGGUGUGUUUUAUUUCAGUAGGAAACACCUCAGUU